ACAGUAUGUCUACCGUUAUCCAUCCAACCCAAUUAGUGCCCAGUUCUCGUAAGCGAGCUCUGCAAGGGGAGGCGAUCAAAGGCUCUAUUUUCCGGGUAUCCCACCGGUACUGUACUCGAGUACAGUACGAGUGCUUCUGUAGCACUAUGCCAUUGCAAGGGACUUUGUCGGGAGUGGGCAAAGGAGAAGCUGGCUCUGCAACCCGAAAAGCAAGCGGUACGGUAAGUUAACCUGUGGAAUCCAUGGCAAUUUACGUACCGGUCCUUUGGGGGCCCAGAACUGCACCUGAUUCCCUGCACUUUGCAGCUCCUUGUCUCACCGAAAACGCUCUAACAGACAAAUGCUUGGAUAGGGAAUGGUGACACAACAUGGUGGCACACUUGGCAUGCAAGCGCAGUGGCGAAGAGAGGAGACAGUACUCGAGAUACGGUGCCGGUAGUGGGAGCAAUCCCAUCAUGAGUUAAGCAAGCAAUACCGUGGAAUCUCGCCGAUUAUCCAUCUGAAUCGGUCCGUCAGCCCACGGCAGGAUGAGCCCGACGGGCCAGCAGAAUUGCGAAUACCGGUUAAUGGGGGCCACCGUGGCCCGAGAGCUGAUCUUAUACUCGAGCACUGGUAGAGAUGGCUCGCCCGGUCGAACAUGUGAUACAGUACGAGUACUUGUACCGUGCGAGUAGGUGGCACCUGGGGGCCAUGAUACAAGUACCCAUCUUGUUUGGAUUGUGCUCAAGUAAAUUAAUUAGAAUGACUGCAAGUCAUACCCGACUAAAGGCAUAAAAGUAUGGCGGAAGUGGAACGCAAUUACCCCGGUAAAGCUACUUGUAUUUAAAUAAUAUAUUGGAAAAGGCCUACGGCUUUUGAAUCCACCUAAAAAUGUCAUGCGGGGAGUUGCGGUUUGAAUGAGAUUUGGAGAUUUUGCUCCCCUCACCAAAUAGCCCCCUGCAGCAUAACUCGAGUCAUUGAUUUUGAAUUCAUUAACAUAGGUACUCGCACAAGAUGGGGAUGACCGAAGCCUUUAAAGGGGGCCCUUUCCCAAAAGCUGACAAUUCAGUAUGAUAUGUUCGGAUUUUGAGAGAACUACCGGUAUGGGUGGAGGGCAGGUUUCGGUUGGCC